AUGGAAGAACAACCUAAAUUACCACCUAAACCGAACAAAUAUUUUAAUGAUUUAUCACCAACACGUAUAUCACCGACACAUUCACCGCCCAAAUCUUCAGUAAUGCCUAUGCCUGAACCUAGAAAUAAAUAUAGUUCUAAUGAAUACUUACCUGAAAGACCUAUUAAAGAGAAUGUACCUGAGUAUUUUGCUUUUACAGAGGGCGGAGAAGGAUUAAGGACAAUGAUUAUGCCAAUUAACAUAUAUGAUAAGUUUAUACAGAUAGCAGCUUCAAAUACCGCAAAAAAUUUAGAAACUUGUGGUGUUUUAUGUGGAAGAUUGUCGCACAAUUAUUUCACAGUGACUUCACUAGUGAUUCCAAAACAAACAGCCACAUCCGAUACAUGUUCAAUGACAAAUGAAGAAGAAUUAUUGGAAUAUAUUGAAGAAAAUGACUUAUUAAUGCUCGGAUGGAUACAUACUCACCCAACACAAACUUGUUUUAUGAGUUCAAUGGAUUUACAUACACAUUCUGCCUAUCAGCUAAUAUUACCUGAAGCAAUAGCAAUUGUGUGCGCUCCAAAUAAAUCACCAAAUAUUGGAAUAUUUCGUUUAACUAAUCCACCAGGGUUACAAACUGUGCUUCAAUGCGAAAAGAGAGGUUUUCAUCCACAUGAUUCUAGUGAAGAAAUUGAUGUAGAAAUAUCAAAUUGUGGGCAUGUAGUAAUGGAAAAAUUUGAUUUAACUGUGGUUGAUUUAAGAUGA